ACCACUGUCGAAGAUGUCCGCAUUGCCAUCAGCGAUUGGCAGUUUAACUGGGGUCCAGAAAAUAUGUGGGAAAAGCAGUUUAAUGACUGCUUGUGUGCGCAACAAGAGUGUAACUCAACCUUCCGUUUGGUGGACACAUUCUUUAGCAUUUGUGAAGACCAUGUGCAGUCAGGGCGGGAGAUACUCAGUGACCUAAGGAAAAUUGCUGUUGGAUAUUGCAGGAAUGGCAGGGUAAUGAAGGAUAAGUUUAUUCAGAUAUAUGACAUGCUCACUGUCAUCUUAUCAGAGGUGAGGUUCUUUGAAGUCAAACUUGAUGAAUAUGCUCCCUCCAUACCUGCUUCGAGGCUCUCAUCUGUACGUUACUAUGAAUGA